CCACUAAAAAUCAGGAGGGCAUGAACUAGCUUAUUGCCAGAGUGUGUGAUCCACUCACAGCUUCAAAAAUUAUAUCCACAGACAUAAUUUGAAUAAGAGACAUGUUCUUCGUUGGAGAGAAAUUAACGGAACCCUCGACCUUGAAGAAAUAGUUACCGAAUCAAUUGGCCAGCAACAAAAAAGGGCAGAAGAAGAAAAAGAUUCUGCCAGAGAACCAAAGGCUAUGAGAACUUAUGCACAAAAAACAGGAUUUUCCUCAGACACGACAAACGUAAUGUUUGGUGAACAUCACUCUCUUGUCUCACGUUUGAAAACAGAACUUCCAGAUGUUGUGUUCACAAAGUGUUCAUGUCACCUUAUUCAUUUGGUAGCUUCAGAAGCUUGUUUGAAGCUACCUAAAAGUGUGGAAGAUCUCCUACAAAAUUUAGGGUCUCACUUUAGCCAAAGUUACCAUAGCGAACAGAAUUUAGUGGAAUUUCAAGAAUUUUUCACGGUUGAAGUUCGCAAAAUAUUAAAUCCUUCAACAACACCAUGGCUUUCUGUAAAAGCAUGUGUAGAUAAAGUACUGGAACAGUACACAGCACUGAAUGCCUAUUUAAGACAAACAGUUUGUGAUGAUCCGUCGAAAACCACUGAAGAAAUGUUGAACACCAUGAACAAUAAGUUUACUGAGAUCUACCUGGAAUUUGUGUCAUAUAUUCUUGGAUUAUUUACUGACUUUAAUACCAUGUUCCAGUCUGAGAGCCCUCUGUUACACAAAGUAAAGCCUGAAAUCCAACGACUCCUGAAGACAUUGACUAGUAACUACUUAAAACUACAUGUUGUCAGAACCAAAGACAUAUUCAGCGUUGACCAUAAGGACCCAAAUAAUUUUAUCGACAAGGAAGAUAUUUACUUGGGACUUCAAGCUCAUGAGUCUUUAUCAAAGCUAAAGGAUGACACACAGGUUCCAGAACAAGAAUUUACAUUUUUCUUUGAAACUUGCCAAAAUUUCUACAUCGAAGCAGUCAGCCAAAUAAAGAAGAAAUUUAUUUUUGAGGAUGAAAUUUUUUCAGUAUUAGAGAUUGUAGAUCCAGUGAUAGCACAGUCCUUUCAAGUUAGAUCACUGGGGAAAGUGUUCAACAGAUUUAGCUGCUUAAAGGAGAAUGUCAACACAUUAAAGGCAGAGCAGGAGUGGCGAGAGCAUGCAUUAUUAGAAUUUGAAACUCACGGAUUGGACUCUUCUCUGCCCCCUGAAAAAUACUGGCAGAAAGUAUUUUCUCUUAAAAAUCCUGUUGGUGCUCCUUUGUUUGGGGAACUAAAAAAAGUUAUCCGACUCCUUAUGGUACUGCCUUUUUCAAAUGGCUCAGUGGAGCGUAUAUUCAGUGUACUCAAUAAUGUGAAAACUGUAACAUUAAAAUAGUAUGUUUGAUGACAACCGAAGAGGGCAUUACUGAUAAAGGUGGAUGCGUGAAAUUUGGACCUUCACCAGCCAUGCUGAAAGCAAAGAUUUGGAAAUAGGUUUAGCUUUCUUUGGUCAACAAAAUCAAAGGGAUUUUUGAUUUCUCAUCAUUUUUGUAUGUGAUUAUUGUUAUAAUUGUGAUUUAAAUUUAAGGUAGGCCUAUAAGUUUUUUUAAUACAGUAUUAUUUUACUUUGUUUAGACUGAUAAUUUUAUUGUCAUUUUGCUAAGACUGACUUUGUUACUUUGUUAAGACUGAUUUUUAUUUCAAAUGUGUGUUAAGACUACAUUUUCCCCUUGAAAGUAACACACAUUAGCCAAUAAGAUAAACUGUAAGCAUAAUAAGCCUUAUCAAAAAUCAGUUUCGGCUCUCUUGAAGCCCAGUUGUUCAGGUUGAAAACAUAUAAACAUUGACAUUUAUUUGUAAUGUGAUAUAAAUUUGCUUCCAUGUGAUAAACUCCUUUGUAAUAAAUAAAAAAAGGAGCUUCCUUA